AUGUCUAGUGAAGAAGUUAAGUCUAAGACCGAAGAGACUGCUGCUGCUCCUCAACCUCCAACUUCAUCUGUUUUUUCCAUGUUUGGAGGCAAGAAGGAGAAGAAGGAAGAACCAAAGGAAGAAGCUGAAGAAUCCUCUGAAACGAAAAAGAAAGGAGCAGAAGAAGAAGACGAAACUGCAGAAGAAGAAGAAGCUGAUGUUCACUUUGAGCCUUUAGUUCAUUUGGAAAAGGUUGAAGUUAAGACCAAUGAAGAAGAUGAAGAAGUUUUGUUCAAGGUUAGAGCCAAGUUGUUUAGAUUCCAUGCUGACACCAAGGAAUGGAAGGAAAGAGGUACUGGAGAUGUCAAGUUCCUCAAGCACAAGGAUACCAAGAAGACGCGUGUUUUGAUGAGAAGAGACAAGACAUUAAAGAUUUGUGCCAACCAUUUCAUUAGCCCUGAGUAUGAAUUAAAGGAAAACAUUGGAUCUGAUAGAUCAUGGGUUUAUUCUGUUGUUGCUGAUAUUUCCGAUGGAGAAGCCGAGGCUCAAACUUUGGCCAUUAGAUUUGGUAACAAGGAGAAUGCCGAUAAGUUUAAGGAAUACUUUGAAAAGGCCAAGGAGUCAAACAAGAGUACAUAA